AUCAGGGGCGGACUGACCAUUUGGAAACUCGGGCACUGCCCGAGGGCCCGGGGUCAGAAGGAGGCCCCAUGAGAUGCCCCUGGUACCUUUUUCAUAGGCUUUUUUGAGUUUGGGCAAGGACACAGGGGCCCCAUGAUCCCCUAUUGCCCGGGGGCCCCAUGAGUUGUCAGACCGCCCCUGGUCACUAUGUUUUAUUGGAAUUUGGUAUUCCAUUUGGUUAUAAGAUUGGGUCAGCUAACGAUAAACUGGGAGCGUGCGCACCACUAAUGGUG